AUGAAUAUAUAAACUUUAUUAUUAAAAUAAGAAAGAACAAAGAGAGAAGUACAAUAAUUAAUAGAAUGUUUAGGAUAGGUAAAGUUUUUAAAUGAAUUGAAUAAUGGUUAAAAAUUAUACUAAGCAACUUUAAGAGGAUUUGCUGAGAAAGCAACACUAAUUCGAUAUGAGAAAGGUAAGUUUGUGAUUGAUUUAUGAAGAAUAGGGCACAUUAUUUGGAGGGAAGGGAUAAAACAGGAAAAAUUAUUUAUAAUAUUGAGUGGCAGAGUACAGGAAUAUGUGUAAUUAGAUGAUGAAGAAGUGAAUAGAAAGAGAAAUGAUCUAAUAGAGAAAUAUCCAGAGUGCUAAGAUCUAUUUAUAAAUAAGCCAGGAAGAAGAAUAGUAUAUGAAUAUGAAAAUGAAACUAGUGAUCAGAUUAAAGCUUCAAUAAAUGAUAAUAUGAGAAAGAGGAGAAGUUUAGUUUUUGAAAUUCCAAGUAUGUUGGAUGUACCUCUGAUCAGAAGUUCUUCUGUAAUAUAGAAGAAUAUACAGCCAUUUUCAAAGAUAACAGUGAACGAAGUAAGCUAGAUCGUAUAAUAUAUAUCAGGCUCCUUUAUCUUAUAUGAUUGUACUGAGUAAGGAAGUGAGAGAAUGUUUAAGAGAAGUGAAAUUGAUGAAUGAUUAUCAUUUACAAUAUUUCAUUUAAGAAUUCGUUUUGGCAGUUAGAUAAGGCAGAAUGUUUUCGCAUGGAGAUUUGUUGAAUUCUGAUAUUUAAAAAAAGAAGUUUGAUAAUACUUUGUUAUGUAUGGAGGAUUCUAUGAUAAUGCAGAUUGGAUUAGAAGAUUAUCAUAAUAUUGAGAUUCAUUUAAAUUAGAGAAAAUAAUAGAAAAUUUGGGAUAUUAUUUAUUCUGGUUUAUUUGGAAAGAGUAAGGUGAGUUAAGAAGAAGCAAAUCAAAUUAUGAAAGUAUUGGUUAAUAAAUAUACUUCUAAAAAAUACACAUAAUAUAAUGUAGUGUAUUUGGAAGGUGAAACUUAAAAGUUUAUAUACAUUGUUAAAGAGGGGGAAUUUCAAUUAUCAUUUGAUAAUCAUGGUUAAGAGACUGUAUUAUAAUCUACAAUGGCUAUUGCAAAGGUAAGUUAAGGAAGCAUGUUGGGUGAAGAAUCUUAUACAAUUAGUCGACAUAUUUUUAAUUGUAUAAGUAUUUCUUCAAAGAAUAAAAUAAUUGGACUAAGUAUUCAUGAUCUAGAAGCCUUAGGACAUAGAUUUGUUUGGCUUAGAGAUUUAUUAAAAAAUAAAGAAAAAAUUAAAUAAUAAUGGUUAAAGACAAGAAUGAAUGAAAAUGUUCAUUUCAGUAAUAAAUUAAAUGAAAAAUAAUAAAAUUUUGAUGAAGAAAAAAAAUUGAUUAAUGAAUUCAAAAUAUCUGAUCCAGAAAUACAAAUUACUUAAUUUUAGAGAUUGUAACCAAAACAUCGUUAAAUGAUUACACCUUCACCAUUAAAGCGUCCUAAAUUAAUCAAAGUAAAUAGUUAAAGGAAUGUUAAUACAAGUAGAAAUAAUAGUUAAGGUGUUAAUAAAAAAUUAGAGAAUUUAAAUAUUUUUGGAAAUGAAAUCUUAUGUGAAUUAGGAAUUGGUAAAAUUACAACACAAAAUACUAAAAUUAGUAAUAUUGAACCAAUAGAUCAUUCCCUUACUUAUAGAGAUACAAGCAGACUCUUACUAAAAAAAGUGAGAAAGACAUCAAAUUAUAAUUCAUCUUAACCAUUUUCUCAUAGAGAUAAUAGUACUAUAAAUAAUGAUAAUGAUAUUGUACCAAUGAUGAUGAAUAUGAGUAAGAAUUAACUUUAAUUUCUAAAAACAAUGGUAGGCAAAUUCAAUCAUAAGAAUUCUUAACCUUCUCCUGAAUGUUUUCAUUAAUAAAGUACUCCUGUUCUAAUCCAAAGUAUUUACCCAAAAAGGAUUGUCAGAAGAGCCUAGUAAGGGUAUGAUUGA